AUGCAGAGUGAUGUUUUAAACGAACAACAACAACAAUUAUCGAACGAUACUGAUUGUUCAUCUUCGUUGUCAACAACUACUGCAACAACAUUAAUUUAUUCGGGUUUAAAAUUGCAUCCCAAACCACUUGUACCUACAAUAUCAAUGCCCGGCGUGGCAAGUCCGUUAUCAAUUGUUAAAAAAUUAUCACUCCCUGAUUCACAUCUAGACAAUUCAAAUAAUAAUGUUCGACAUACAUCAUCAUCAAAUUCUACGACAACAACAACAACAACGCCAUCAUCUAUUCGUCUUGUUACAUCGACUGGUAAAUCAUCACCACCAACAAAUUUACAGUUUCAAUUAACUGAUAAAUCAUCAACAACAACAAAUGGAGGUUUUUCAACAUCAAAAACUUAUAUAUUAAAUCCUCAACAGAGCAGUACAACAACAGUAAAUAAACAACAAAUACUUGCAAAUUCAACAUCGUCAUCAUCUUUAUUAACAUUAAUACCACCAGGUACAACAUCACCAAAAAUUCAAACAUUAAAUAGUGUAACAAUAUCAUCUACAAAUGAUAUAUCAACAAUAACAACUGAUAAAUUAUCAUCAACAAAUACAAAUCAAUCGGUUUUUCUAUCAAAAAAUCGUGUUACACUUGUACAACCAAUAAUAACAAAUACAACAUCAUCGUCAUCAACAACGACAACAACAACAAAUUCAUCAAAUAAUGUUAAACAAACGAAUAAUGUCACACCGAAAUUAGUUAUUCAACAGAAUACAAAUUCAUCAACAACAAAUACAAAUUUUUGGCAACAACAACAGCCAACACAAGCUACAAAAAUUUUUUCGAUACCACCAUCAUCUAUUCUACCGACAGCUAAAAUGCUUUCACGACCAGUACAAUUAAUUCCAACAUCAAUAUCAUCUUCCGAACAUCAUCCUCAUCAUCAUAUAACACAUAUAAAAAAUGAAAAAAAUGAUACUACAAAUUCCUAUCCAAUUAGCAUGCAUUUUGGUUUAUCAUCACCAACAACAAUUGAAAAUCCUUUAACACCAUUAAAUGUUCAAGUUCCACAUCAACAUUCAUAUUCAACAAAAAAUUUUGAUACUUCUGGACAUCAAGCUUAUAUUCACAUGCAAUUAUUACCAUCAACAUCAAAUUCCGAAUCAAUAAAUUCCUCACAACAAUCAGUUCAAUUUACACUUCCAACAACACAUAUUUAUUCAUCAUCACCAUCAUCUGUUCUUAUAUCAACAACACAACGUUCAAUGGAUCAUAAUAAUAAUCAUCAUUCAACAACAACAAUAACAACUCCAAUUAUUCGUGAAAUGCAAACCGAUGAAAAACUUAAUGAUUCAACAACAACAAUUAAAAAUUGUAAAUCAAUUCAUCCUAAUAAAAUUUCAACGAAAAAUCGAACACGUCUUCCUUUACAACCAACAACACAGCAAUCUUCAUCAACAUUAAUAACAACAACAAUUACACCACCAUCAUCAUCAUCAUCAUCAUCAUCAUCAACGACAACAACAACAAUACGACAACCGAAAAAACAUAAAUUAAUGGAAGAUGAACAAAUAAAUUCAACUGAACCACCUAAUAAAGUACCUCAUUAUGAACAGUUAGAUUCAGCAAUAAAUAUUAAAAAAUUUUCCAAUACUCGUAAUCGUCCAUUAUCAAAAUUUUCUAUUGAAAAUACAACACCAACAACUCCAGUUAUAUCAACAAUAAGUGUUGAUACAAGUGGAUUAACAAAAAAACGUCAUUCAACUGAAACAUCGAAUUCAACAAUAUUAUCACGUAAACGAAGAACAAUUACAAAAGUAAAUCAAGAAUUAAUAUCGAAUGAAAAUAUUAAACAAGAAUCAAUUAUUGAUCGAUUAAAUGGAUCAUCGUCUGAUAUAGUUAUUGAUCAAAUUGAUGAUGAACUUCUUAAAAGACUUGCACAAGAUUUUGUUUAUAUUGAUAAACAAACAGGUAUUCGUUGGAUUGGUACAAAAACUCGACCAAAACCAAUGAAUACACUUGUAUCACGUUUUUCAUGGAAACCAAAAAUAAAUCAUUAUGAAAAAUAUUCAGAUAUUAUUCGAACGAAUGCUAAACGAACUGUACCUGUAAAAAGUCUUGAUAUUAUACAAAAAAAAUUAACACAACCAUGGGCAUCAUGGCGUAUUGAUCGAUUUACAACAUAUCUAUCUGAUCUGACACAAGAUGAGCAAAUGACGCAGAAUCAAUUGUCAGAUAUGAUUCAAUUAUUAGACAUUGAUGAUGUAUCAGUACGGACAACAGUUGAGGAUUUAAUUCAAGCUAAUAUUCAACGACAGCGUUGUUUUUGUGAACAAUUAACACAAAUAUCCAGUUUACUUGUUAAUUUACUCGAUCAUGGAAAUACAAUACGAGAUAUAUGUUCUAUAUCAAAAACUUCAACAGCAAAACGAACGAAAGAACGAUAG